CGAGCAGCGUCGCAUACCAGCAGCAAGCGUGCGUGCAUCAAAUUGGCUUGCCUCAUCGUAAGUCCGUCCGUACCCUGUCUGCUGCUGCAAGAUGAGCGAUCGUAGCUGCUUGCUCUGCGCGUGGACCCUGAUUUUGCUGGCCGAGCGUCAUGCUGUCUGCUGCACGAUCACUCCGCAUCCACAUGCAGUGAUGAGUGCAUAUAUGCCGUAUGUGCGCUCGCUCACUCGAUCAAGACUUGACGGUGGCUUCUGCUGCUAUACAUGCAUGAGGCGACUUUUGUAUGGCAGCCCGUCUGUCAUCAAUGAGCGAAUCACGAAUGAACCAUGGCGUCUAUCACAUGAAUUGAUCCCAUGACGCGCGCAAACAGGAUGUG